UUUUUGUUUUUUUUUUUCCUCUUUCUUCCACCCGUUUUUUGUCCAGUGUGGUCACCUGCUAGUAUCCACCCACUAGCCAGGUCUCUCUAACCAUGUGAGUGAAGGCUAACAUGCACUUCCUCCAAGACAUGUAAAGCCAUCAAACUCCUCUUUUUCAACUGAAGCUCAUGCUGUGUGUAAAUGACUCUUAUUGACGGUAUAUAAGCAAGUUAACUACUUCCUGUAAGUUUUAUUUUUGUUAGUGCCUUUUACGUUUUCAGUUCUUUUAUUUUGAAGCCCUUCUGGCGUACUCGCAUCUGAGAGUCAGCAACUUGCCCAUAGGUGUUCACACGUGAACGGCAGCUAAUUGAAGAGUGUACGGAAGGAAAAGGUGUUUUGAAGAUGUUGCCUUGCAAUGUAAAGUUUCAUUAUGGAUAAUUAAGCGCCUAGCUGGAAAUGGGAACAAGCUCUUACGGUGUUUGUGAAGAAAGGUUGUGAAGGAAAGGAAGUAUAUUUGUGUUCAAAUUAAGGAUGAUGGCUGAAGAUGAUAAAUGCUUCUUGAAACAUCAGUAAGCUUCAUCGUUGUCUGGCUGGGGUUCGCUAUAGUAAGAGCUUGCCCUCAUCGAUCUGACGACUUGCUGCCAUUAUGACGGGCCAUGAUGGAGGGUCUUUGUGGCGUGCCUGCUGCUGCUGCUACUACUUCACCAUGUGCUGUCUAAAUGGAUUCAUCAUGAACAUGUCCCGACGUGUCAGCACAUGAUCCACUUCGGCAAUCCAGGCAGCGGUUUCAUGGAUUCGACGCACUGGUCAAGUAUGGUCACAUUCACUGACAUUGAAGCAGAACUGUGAGUACACAUCUAUAUUACACAGUCUACAGACUGCAACAAGGUGAGCUCCACAUGAACAGCCCUUUUAGACUGAACCAGUGAACUUUUCAUACUCAUCUUCUCAUCUACAGCAAAGGAGAGAAACUGUUGCUUACACUCACAAAUGGACACAUUCACAUAGACUCUUUAUUAAAGACAUUUCAUAUUUUUUGCAUACCAAGUACUUUGAGAAGUGUGGUCAUUACAGUACUUACCUGGACAUUUAAAGUUGUUUGAGUGUCUGCACGUUAAUGCAGCUCUGCUAGUUGUUCAUGCUCAUACUCUGAUUUUUGCAUUUCAAGUACUUUAGGGUUUGCCUUUAUUGUAAUACUUAUCUGGAUAUCUACAGCAACUUUCUGUUUAUUGCAAAGGUUCGAUCAUACUUGUUAAGAGGUUUCUUCUGACUUAAUAAUUUCAAAUUGAGUUGAUAAUGUCAAAGUCAGGUAGCUUCAAGGAGACAGAGGAGCAGAUGCCUGGUUCCCAGCAUGAAGUUCAAGACUUCCAGAGUGAGCUCCACUCAGUGGCAGUUGUAUCUGAGACACCUGGCCUGAAGGAACCUGAAGGGCCUCGACACUCUGAACAUGCACGGAACCCGACAGAGAAAAUGCGCGCACUACAAGAUGAGGCCAAGAAAAAGGAGAAACGGCUGCUCUCCAUGGACAAAAAAUGGAAGCUCGACAUAUGCAAAGCAAGAGAUCAGCUGCAGACAUACAUGCCAGAGAGUGAGCUCUGGCCUCUCACUGAAGAGCUUAAGAAAGUGAAGGAAGACGUAAUGAACCUGUAUUUUGGAAUUUGAGAUCUUGCCACACCUUCCACCUGCGUGAGAAGAAGAGUUGACACUUGCGAAUCAGUUACCACAGAAAUCAUCACCAUUGCCUACGGCAGAGCAAUAGACGAAGAAGGGGAGUUUAACGAGGACAUGGAAAGACGCCACCUUCAUGAACUGCUCCACCGUGACUAUGCAGAGUCUGUCUAUGGAUCUUCUGCUUCCUUGACAAGUCACAGCAAGUCUGACUAACACUCCACAGCUUCGUCCAUGGCAGCCAAGCAUGCAGCUGCAGAGCUAGCAGUGAAGGAAGCAAAUUAUGAAAUGAUGGAGGCAGAAGAAAGACAAAGAGAAGUCAUCCGAGAGUUAGAGGAACAACAACAGAAGGCUCUGGAGGCACAAAGGCAUGAGUUGGAGCGAUUGCAGACAGUGAAGGAAGUGCGGGCAGCUCAAGCUAAGCUAAAGGUAUACGAUAAAGAGACAGAACGCGAAGCUGCUGACUGCAUGAACGAUGAAAGGAACAAGGAAACAGAGUGUGCCUGUAACUGCUGUCCCUCUAUCUCAUGUUGCAACACCCCCUCACACAGAUGUUUCCCCUCUUGUUUGGGUCUUUCAAGACAGCAUAGCCUUAAAUAGGCUCCCUGUUCCAGAGCCAUUUGUCUUCAAUGGUGAUGCAAUAUGGUUUAUUGAAUGGAAAGCAGUGUUUACCUCACUCAUUGACCAAAAAGCAAUCACACCAGUUGAAAAAAACUAUUAUCUGAAGAAAUACGUUGGUGGUCCAGCAUGCCAGGUGCUAGAAGGCACUUUCUUCCGGAAUGAUGAUGAAGCCUAUCAGGAGGCCUGGAACAAGCUGAAUCGUCGCUUUGGCCAGCCAUUCGCCAUUCAGAGAGAAGCUCUGCAAUUGGCCAAGGAUUCAACCUAAGGAUGUUCAAGGACUCAAAAACUUCUCAGAUUUUCUGAAUGCCUGUCAAGAUGCCAUGCCUCACGUCAAGGGUCUUGACAUACUAAAUGACUGUGAGGAGAACCAGAAGCUUGCCCACAAACUACCAGACUGGGCAGCUUCACACUGGAACCGACAAGUCACCCAAUGCCUGAACGAGAAACGGGAAUUUCCAAGUUUCAAGGACUUUGCAACAUUUGUGUCAGCUGAAGCUGAGAUUGCCUGCAAUCCAAUUACAUCGCUUCAUGCUCUUCAUUCAUCAGACUCGAACACUGAGAAGAGAAAUCUCAGACACACAGAGAAACAAGGCCAGUGUUCUCACCACUCGCACAGCUACAGACAACACAAAUCAAAGGUCAGGCCAGAAAAGGGCUAAAGCUCCAUGCAUCCUUUGUCAAGAUAAGACACCAACUUCAUGCAUGUCCCAAGUUCACAGGGAUGUUGUUGGCAGAACGACAGAACUACGUAAAGGAGAAGAAACUGUUACGGAUGCUUAAAAUCUGGGCACGGUGCAAAAGACUGUCGUCAUAGUCACUGCUGCAACAACUGCAAAGGAAGGCAUCCUACAGUCCUCCAUGAUUACAACUAUGGAAAGGAAAGGUGUUCAUCUGAAACAGGGAUGAAUCCAAGUGCUGCUGCUGCAACAUCACUCAGUGUAACAGGCGAAGGCUCAUCCUACACAUCGAUGGUAAUACCAGUGUGGGUGUCAACUAAAAAUAAUUCAACAGCUGAGAAGCUUGUCUAUGCUCUACUCGACACUCAAAGCGAUACAACAUUUGUCGACCAAGAAGUGAGCGACAGUCUAAUUGCUGACAAGUAUCCAGUGAAGUUGAAGUUGACCACCAUGAGUGGGGAAAAAACACAGUUCUCCCAAGUGAGUGUGUCUCCGGCCUUUGUGUAAGGGGAUACAGUUCUGCUAUUCAGGUUGAUCUUCCAGUUGCCUACACAAAGGAUUGCAUACCCAUUAACCAUGCUCACAUUCCCACUUGUGAGACGGCUAAACAAUGGAGUCAUCUCAGAGAACUAGCAGACGAAAUUCAAUCACUAAAGGACUGUGAAGUAGGAUGACGACUUAUAGGCUACAACUGCUCCAGAGCCAUGGCACCAAGGCAGGUCAUCCUAGGAGGAGAUGAGGAACCCUGUGCAAUACGGACAGACUUAGGAUGGACUAUUGUGGGGCGCUCAUCCCAAGGCCAUGAUCUGUUGAGCACAAGUCGCUUGUGUCACAAAGUCACGGUUAAAGAGCUGCCUCUGGUAACUUCUGCCAAUGCUAUUUGCAUUCUAGAAUCUGACUUCAAGGAUGGCAGUGAAGACAGCAAAGCAGUGUCACAAGACGAUAUCGCCUUCCUCCAUAAGCUAGAUGAGGGUAUAUGGAAAAACACGCAUGGCCACUAUGAAAUGCCCCUGCCCUUCAAAAACAGACCUAGCUUGCCUGAUGAUAAAGACUCAGCCAUGAUACGCCUCAACCACCUGAAAAGGAAACUGCAACGGGACGAAAGGUAUAAGGAGCGGUAUGUCGAGUUCAUGGAGGAGGUAAUUGAGAAGGGAGAUGCAGAGCAGGUUGAAGAUGGUGGGAGUGAAGGUGAGAGAUGGUACAUUCCCCAUCACGGUGUUUGUCAUGCAAAGAAGCCGGAAAAGCUUCGCGUAGUGUUCGAUUGCACCACCAGAUGCAAAGGAAUCAGCCUAAAUGACCACCUCCUCUCUGGUCCUGACAUGCUGAACAAGUUGAGUGGUGUUCUCAUUUGCUUUUGACAACACCCUGUUGCUCUGAUGUGUGACAUUGGAAAAAAUGUUCCAUCAAUUUCAUGUGUAUGAGGCUGAUCGCAACUACCUGCGCUUUCUCUGUCGGAAGCAAGGAGACUUGAACUCGCCACCCAGCGAGCUCCGGAUGAAGGUGCAUCUGUUCGGUGCUGCUUCCUCUCCUGGACGUGCAAACUAUGGGCUGAAGCGUCUAGCUAAAGAGAAUAGCAACCUCUACCCUAAAGGCUCCCGGUUCAUCAUGAGGGAUUUUUAUGUAGACGACGGGCUUGCCAGUGUUGAAAGCACCGAAGAUGCUACUCAGCUUGCCAGAGAAGCUCGCAAACUGUGCACCAUGGGUGGUCUGCGACUACAUAAGUUUGUGUCGAACGACAGAGACGUUCUAGAGAGUAUACCACCCUCAAAACGAGCAACUAAUGUGAAAAAUAUGGACCUCACCUUCGACAACCUGCCACUUGAGAGAGUCCUAGGGAUUCAGUGGGAUGUGGAAUCCGACCACUUCCGGCUUAACGUCAGCCUAAAGGAUCAGCCUGCAACACACUGUGGCAUCCUGUCUGUAGUGGCUUCCUUGUAUGACCCUCUUGGGUUUGUGGCGCCUGUUCUGCUCAAAGCGAAGAUCAUUCUUCAGGAGAUGUGUAGGCGAGGCACAGGCUGGGACGAUCCUCUCCCAGAUGAACUUCGUCCAGAAUGGGAACAGUGGAGAAGUGAUCUAGCCCAAUUAGACAAUGUUACCAUAUCCCGUACCUACUCACCUGCUGGAUUUGGAAAGGUCACAAAGACAGAGCUGCAUCAUUUCUCGGAUGCUAGCCUUAAGGGUUAUGGCCAGUGCUCGUACUUGAGACUUCAAAAUGAAGAGGGAGAUGUUCACUGUGCCUUAGUUGUAGGAAAGGCACGCGUCUUACCAUCCAAGGUCACAACUGUUCCGAGAUUGGAACUAACAGCCGCAGUUGUUUCUGUGAAGAUAAGCAACAUGCUCAAGGAGGAAUUUGCAUUUACUGGGACUGCGGAGUUCUUCUGGACUGAUUCUAAGGUGAUCUUAGGAUAUAGCAAUGAUGAAACAUGACGAUUCCACACCUUUUGUGGCUAAUCGCAUUCAGAAGAUUCAUCUCAGCUCGCCCCCUCAGCAAUGGAGAUGCGUCCCAACCAAUGAGAAUCCUGCUGACCAUGCUUCUAGGGGCUUGACUCCCAGCGAGCUUCGUUCAUCCACCUGGCUCACUGGACCCAAGUUCUUAUGGAACAAGGAAAUGAAGCUGCCUGUUGCUGAGAUUCCAGAGUUAAUGAUUGGAGAUCCAGAGGUCAGAAGUGCUGUCGUGCUUAGCACAAGAACCACGAGUAAGCCUUGUUGAUUGCUUGUCUAAGCUCUCAUCUUGGUCACUGGCUACUCGAGCUGUUGCAUGCAUACUAAGGUGCAUCAGCAAGAACAGAUCAAACGGUCUCACCACUGUAACAGAACGAGAACAUGCAGAACAUUGCAUAAUCAUAGACCUGCAGAAAAAUGUGUAUCAAGAGGAGUUGAAACUGCUGAGCAAAGGGAUCCCCCUACCAUCUCAAAAUCCGUUAUACUCGCUUGAUUCCUUCCUUGACAAAGAUGGCAUCCUCAGGGGUGGGAGGUAGGCUGUGCAGCUCUUCUCUUCCCGACUCCAUCAAGCACCCUGCAGUCGUCCCCAAGGAUCAUCACAUUGCAAAGAUGAUCAUUGCUCAUCACCACGAAAGGAUGAAACAUCAAGGCAAAGGUCUUACCAUUAAUGAGAUCAGGUCCCAUGGAUUCCUGGCAUCAAUUGGGCAGUAGCAUCCUACGUUUGUCAAUGCGUUACCUGUAGACUGCUUCGGAAACCACCGGAAGAGCAAAGGAUGGCUGAUCUACCCCCGAACGUGUGGAACCAUCACCCCCCCCCCUUCUGUGGAAUGGACUACUUUGGUCCAUUUUUUACAAAGCAGGGUAAAAAGGAGAACAAGAGGUGUAUGGUCUUCUCUUCACUUGCCUUAGCUCCCGCGCCAUCCAUAUUGAGAUGCUUGAUGACAUGUCCACCGACGCCCUCAUAAAUGACCUACGAUGCUUUAUUGCCAUACGUGGCACUGUUCGUCAAAUCAAGUCUGAUCAAGGAAGCAACUUUGUUGGAGCCAAAAAUGAACUCAAAGAAGCUCUAAAAGAAGUCAGUGCAGACUGGCUGGCUGCAUUUCUUGCUGAGAAACAAUGCGAGUUCAGCAUGAAUGCACCCUAUUCGAGCCAUGUCGGAGGGGUGUGGGAGAGACAGAUUAGAACAGUCAAAGGCAUCCUAAGGCCACGCUUGCUCUUUCUUCUGGUAGGCUAAAUGAUGCUUCGCUAUUAGCUUUCCUCUAUGAAGCUAUGGCAGUCGUCAACAGCCAUCCACUGACUGUUAACCUCAGUGACACCCCACACACACACAGCCUCGAGCCACUCACCCCUAAUCAUCUCCUAAUUAUGAAAUCUGUCAAGGCCUUGCCUCUUCCAGGUGAGUUCAUCAGAGAAGACAUGUAUAGCAAGAAAAGGUGGCGACAUGUUCAAUACCUGGCAGAACAGUUUUGGAGUCGAUGGCGAAAGGAAUACCUGGCCAACAUUCCCCUCAGACAGCGCUGGCAUACUCCCAGGAGAAAUCUGCAAGUUGGAGAUAUCGUAAUGAUGAAAGGAGAGGAUGUGCACAGGAACGAGUGGAGGUUGGGCAGAGUUUCAGAAACCACUACUGACAAAGACAGACUAGUAAGGAGAGUUAAGGUCUGCCUCGGUGACAGGAAGCUUGGCAAGAAAGUAGAGCGUCUCCACAAGAUGUCUGAAGUGGAGCGCCCAGUCCAGAAGCUAGUCUUGCUGCUGUAGACUGAUUUAAGCCUGUUCACCCUAUAGUUAAUAAUACAACUAUAGCUUGUAAGCUCAUAGUUCAUGGUUUAAAAGGGUUUUCCACCUUCUAAACAAGUUAUUUGUAUAGGGAAGGUCAUUUUCAGUUUGAAAUCAUUCGUGCCUAAUGUAAACCGUAUACUGUUCCAUUAUUUACUCAUGAUUGGUGGGAGUGUAAAUUACUCUUAUUGACGGUAUAUAAGCAAGUUAACUACUUCUUGUAAAUUUUAUUUUUGUUAGUGCUUUACGUUUUCGGGUCUUUUAUUUUGAAGCCCUUCUGGCGUACUCUCAUCUGAGAGUCAGCAACUUGCCCAUAGGUGUUCACACAUGAACGGCAGCUAAUUGAAGAGUGUACGGAAGGAAAAGGUGUUUUGAAGACGUUGCCUUGCAAUGUAAAGUUUCAUUAUGGAUAAUUAAGCGCCUAGCUGGAAAUGGGAACAAGGUAUUGUGUGUUUCAACUUGUUUUAUGACUGUUUGCUGUGACGUGUUAUCCUAAUUAACUGCCGAAAGGGUGUUUACAUAUAUCGUUGUUGUAUUAGCCAUGCUAAGGUUAGCUUAUGCGAAAGGGUGCUACAUGGAUAAGCUGUAAUGUCGUGUUAAUGCUGGUUUUCUAGCUUUUCAUGUGCUUUGACCGAUUUAUAUGUGAGUGAAUAUUUGAUAAAUGUCCACGUGUGGUUAACUGGCAUUAUGGAAAUGUUUAUGCUUGUGAGAGCUAAUUUUAUUUUAUUUAUCCAUCUGCAGCUCUUACGGUGUUUGUGAAGAAAGGUUGUGAAGGAAAAGAAGUAUAUUUGUGUUCAAAUUAAGGAUGACGGCUGAAGAUGAUAAAUGCUUCUUGAAACAUCAACUGUGAAGUUUGCAAAUCCUUCUUCCUCAACAAAUGUGAGGUUCAUGGACCACCCCUCUUCAUCCCCGAUACUCCUGUUCCCAUGGGAGUCCCUGACCGAGCCAGACAAACACUUCCUCCUGGGCUAGAAAUCCAGAAGUCCAGUAUUCCCGAUGCAGGCCUGGGAGUGUUUAAUAAGGGGGAGACUGUUCCAGUAGGUGCACACUUCGGCCCCUGCCAGGGAGAGCUGGUGAACCGAGAGGAAGCCAAGAACAGUGGAGACUCCUCAGUUGUAUACAGGAGCAUGCAGUGUGAAGAAUACAUCGAUGCCAAAAGAGAGAUGCAUGUGAAUUGGAUGAGGUAUGUGAAUUGUGCCCGUAAUGAAGAAGAACAGAAUCUUGUGGCAUUUGAGUAUCAAGGGGGAAUUCUGUAUCGUUGCUGUCGAUCGAUUAACCCAGGACAGGAGCUCUUGGUGUGGUAUGAAGAGGAGUACACCAAAGAACUUAGUCCUGCACCUACAGGAACAACCACACAGCAAGAAGUAAAGAAUGCUCUGCUGCAAGUCUUUUCCUGCUCCACAUGCCCUCGUUCCGAUGCAUCUCCAAUUUACCUUGACAAGCAUAUCCAGAGAUGUCACUAUGAAGAGAACGUGAGACUGCGAGAAUCAGGAGAGAUUAAAUAUAAGCUUCAGAUCCCCUCCAAAUGCUGCAGUCGUCAACCAACAUCAACUGAUAUUAUCCAUUCUGAUACUUCACAUAAUGAUAUACAGAAGGAAAUUCACCACUGCUCAGAUUGUGGAAAGAGUUUUAGUUAUCAGAAUGCACUCAAGACACACCAGCGCAUUCACACAGGGGAAAAGCCGUAUCACUGCUCACAGUGUGGGAAACGUUUUACUCGUCAGAGUGAUCUCCAACGACACCAGCGCAUUCACACAGGAGAGAAGCCGUUUCACUGCUCACAGUGUGGGAAGAGUUUUACUUGUCAGAGUGAUCUCCAACGACACCAGCGCAUUCACACAGGAGAGAAGCCGUUUCACUGCUCACAGUGUGGGAAGAGUUUUACUUGUCAGAGUGAUCUCCAACGACACCAGCGCAUUCACACAGGAGAGAAGCCGUUUCACUGCUCACAGUGUGGGAAGAGUUUUACUCAGCAGAGCAAUCUCCAACGACACCAGCGCAUUCACACAGGAGAGAAGCCGUAUCACUGCUCACAAUGUGGGAAGAGUUUUACUCAGCAGAGUCAUCUCCAACUACACCAGCACAUUCACACAGGAGAGAAGCUGCAUCACUGCUCACAGUGUGGGAAGGGUUUUACUAAAUGGCGUCAUCUCCAAAUACACCAGUGCAUUCACACAGGAGAGAAGCCGUUUCACUGCUCACAGUGUGGGAAGAGUUUUACUCGUCAGAUUGAUCAACAACACCAGAGCAUUCGCACAGGAGAGAAGCCGUAUCACUGCUCACAGUGUGGGAAGAGUUUUACUCGUCAGAGUGCUCUCCAAACGCACCAGCGCAUUCACACAGGAGAGAAGCCGCAGCACUGCUCACAGUGUGGGAAGAGUUUUAAUCAGCAGAGUCAUUUCCAAACACACCAGCGCAUUCACACAGGAGAGAAGCCGUAUCACUGCUCACAGUGUGGGAAGAGUUUUACUCGUCAGAGUCAUCUCCAAACACACCAGCGCAUUCACACAGGAGAGAAGCCGUAUCACUGCUCACAGUGUGGGAAGAGUUUUACUCAGCAGAAUCAUUUCCAAACACACCAGCGCAUUCACACAGGAGAGAAGCCGUAUCACUGCUCACAGUGUGGAAAGAGUUUUACUCGUCAGAGUAAUCUCCGAACACACCAGCGCAUUCACAGAGGUGUAGGGACAGCCACAGUCCCUGUCUAGAACUACAAAUCCCAUCAACUAACUCCCACGAUGACCUACGUCACAUCGUCCAUGAUCACCUAUGUCACGUGACCCCGACUCUAUAAGUGACCCAGUCACCCUCAAACUCUCUCUCUCUCUGUUGAUCUUCGCGUCAUACAGACAUAUAGAGAUACCCCUGUUCAUCGGACCAUCCGAAGUCACGACGUCUGCCUUGCAAGAAAGAAGACUCGGCGCGCUUUCGUAUAUACCACUGGCCACGGUAAAGAGUACCUAAGUUGCGUCGUCUCACUCAAUUGAGUUACAACCGGUUUAUUUGUGUAUUAUAAGUGACGUUACGACUGCAGCCCAAGCAGUUAAUUAAAAGUUAGAAGCGACCAGAUUCCUUCUGACUUAAUCGCUGUGCACAUUAUUGGUCAGAGACUUUUCCUCACGAACGACGAAGCUUCGGAUCAAGGACUUCUCUGUGCCUUCACAGGAGUGACCCACGAGCCUUCUGUGAAUCUCUGCAAGCACCCGAAACUUCGGGACAUCUCUGUAUUCUUGCAUAGGAGCAAGAUACUGGAAGUAAGGCUGGCAUUUGGGCAAAGUAGUCUUAGGAAUUAGCUUUAUGAAGUAGUGUGAAUUUAAACUCAGAAACUGUUUAAUUGUGCACACUAGACACUUAGAGUGUCGAGUUGAUCAUUGUUGUUCUACAUUGUUCUCUCCGUUGUUUUAAUAGAUAGGUUGGUGCAUGCUCUUCUCUAUCCUCUCUAACACCCCUUAAUUUCAUUAUUACACACAUUUUGACCUCAUCAAGAUUUCAGUGGAUUUGGUAAUGUUAUAAGGUAGUGGAAUUAGCAACCACGACGAAUUCCUUUGUCUCAAGAAAACCACGAAGUGAUUUUCCCUUCCCCCAGCACCUUAGAUAACAUUCCAAUCUCUGAUUUAUUUAUCUUGCGUGUCCUCACGCGCAUACUCAAACUCUCUCUCUCUAUCUCUCCUCUUGCUCUCCCUCUCAUACACACACACACACACACACGCUCAUCGAGUGUACUACCUCACUGUUUGUGCCUUGUCUAUAUAUUGCUGCUGACCAUAUUGAAUGUAUUCAACUGCUAUUACCCAUUGAGUAUCGUUAUAAUAAAUUCAAUUAUUCUGUUAAA